AUGGAUGAAAAAGUACAAGACUGGCUUAAGCAGUGGGACCUCCAAGAGUAUAUCGAUACUUUUAAAAUUUUUCAAGUCGUGAGCGACAAUUUAGGAGCAAAUUCCAUAUUGGGAUUUUCGAAAUCAUUUUUAUCUAUGAAUUGUUGUCGUAUUUGUACGGCUGAUAUUAAUCAGCGUAAAUUUUUAACUAGAGAAGAUUCUCAGUUACUGCGAGACGUUGAUAAUUAUAAGUUGGCGGCUGAAAACUUAACUCACGGUGUUGAAGAAGAAUGUAUUUUCAACCAAAUACCUUAUUUUCAUGUGACAAAAAAUAGUUGUGUGGACUUAACACACGAUCUUUACGAGGGCAUAUGCCGCUACGACAUGGGACAUAUUUUGCAUCAUUUGAUACAAAAAAAUUAUUUUACACUUGAAAAAGUAAAUGAACGUUUAGCUAAUUUAAGUAAAAAAUGUAUGGAUGAUAUGAAUGUAAUGACUAAAUUACCUAAUGAUUGUGUAUCUAAAAAAUAUUUAAUACUCUCAGCAUCAGAGAUGUCAUUUUUGAUCAAUUAUUUUGGUAUACUCGUUGGUAAUUUAGUCAAAAAAAACGACCCAGUAUGGGAGUAUUUUUUACUUCUUAAGGAAAUUGUUAGUCUUGUCACAGGUUCUGUCGUGAAUGACUCGAUUAUUGAAAGAUUACAAAAUGCUAUUCACGAGCAUCACACUAUGUUUAUAACUUAUUUUAAAGAAGAUUUAAAACCUAAGUAUCAUAUCUUAACUCACUACCCUCGAUUAAUGAAACUUUUUGGACCAUUGAAUCAAUUCUCUACCAUUCGUUUUGAAGGCAAACACAAAUUUUUUAAAGAAGUAGCGAAUUCAAUGACCUCAAGGGUAAAUCCUGAAUUAAGUUUAUCUGUAAAACAUCAAUUGCAGCUCUCUUAUAGGCUAUUGAUUAAUCGAGGGUUUGAGUCGAGAUUGGAAGUAGGUUCACAAGAAGUUAGUUCAAUCAAGAAUUUAUUAGACUUCUCAAAGUUCAAAAAAAAAGUGCCCAUAGAUUGGCUCAACGCUGAUCCUUCAGUAGUUACAUGGGUAAGAGUGAAUGGUACUUUGUACAAAAAACAAUCAGUAAUUUAUAUGAAUAGUGGUACAACUGAUUGUGUACCAGCUGUGUUAGGAAAAAUUUGUCAUAUCUUAAAUUACACAAUGAGGUACUCGCCAUCUAGUGGUGGAGUUUCAAAGUGGUUUAGACUCUUUAAAACGAUUGAAUUGGCAUUUUCAAGUCCUUAA